AUGCCGUCAAUCGCUUUGGCAGUCGCGUUCGUGGCCGCCGUCGUGGCGUCCACCGGUACCGGUGGCCACGACGACGGCCAAUCCGAACGCCAGCGGUCGUCCUGUUCGCUGUCGGAAUUCGCGUGCGGCGGUGGCGGACACCGGACGAAAUGCGUGCCGGCCAUCAGGUACUGCGACAACCGCCGGGAUUGUCCGGACGGGUCCGACGAGCCGCAGUACUGCACACCGUGCAAUAGGACGUAUUACGGGGACGUUGGCAAAACUUAUGAAUUUGAAUUACACCGGCCUAAACCAGACAAGUUACCUUUCAUCUGCUUUAUAAAACUCGUCGCUCCAGGACAACAUCUAGGAGAUCUCAUACAAGUAACGCUGGAUAGUUUCACCAUAGGACGGUUUGCAUCAUACACAAACGCCGGUUGUCCGGAUGGCGACCUACACAUUACCGAAUCGGACAGGCCAGCUGUGUCGGGUGGGUGGUGUGGAACGUCUUGGGCUCCUGCACAUUAUUACAGCGAGACCAACUCGAUUACACUGCUGGUGCGGUUGUAUACGUUAUCAAGCCUGGACAACGCCGGCUACAACUUUGACUUUCGGCUGGGCUACAAAAUGCUCAACCGAAACCGCGCAGUUGUCCGUUACGGCGACCAACUACAGCAGACCACAAUGUCCAAUGAAACGUUCGACAUGGGCGAUCUGAUGGAAGGCACGUACUGUUCCCGGAUAUUUAGCAAUUGCGAUAAGAAACGGUGUGUGCUACAAUCGCCCAACUAUCCGGGACUGUAUCCCCGGAACCUGACCUGUUACUAUGCCAUUCGACAGCACCACAUACCGCACGGUCAUCAAGCCCUGGUGUCCAUCACUCAGCCUUACAGUCGAUUGGUGUCGAUCAAAACGGACAAAACCGAUCAGGAAGGCGCGGAUUUGAAUCCUGUCGAACGAAAGGACUGGAGCAAGUGCGAUAACGUACCUGAUUAUGUAACUGUCUACGAUGGUUACACCACUAGAGAUCCGAUUUUGCUAAGAUUUUGUGGAUCUGGUGAGACUGUCCCAUUGACUACGUCCAGUGGUCCUGAGUUAUUAGUGCAGUUUUCAACGUCUCCAUACGGUACUUUGAUGUAUCCAUUUGGCCCGUUACACGGAUUUCAAUUACAAGUACAGGUGCAUUUCGUGGAAACCGAAUCGAUCAAAUACACGAGAAACAAACGGUGUGAAUUUUGGAUACGGGACACGGGACGCGGAUGGCUGCACCCGCCGUACCAUUCGCUGCCGGAGAACACCACUUGCUGGUACCAUCUGCAGGCCACGCCGGCCGAGCCGACGGGCGUCCGUGAAAUCGGCGGCGGUGUCCAUUCUUCCAGGUACAAGGUAUGGGUGUCCGUGCUCAAGUUCUACGUGUCCGGCACGCAACCCGCGGACUGUUCGACAAACUUGCUGAUCUGGGACGGAACCUUGGCGUGUCAUCCGUUUUGCGAUUCGAGAAAUUCUACUUUGGCGUACGGCCACAACAACGCCACGCUGUUGGCAAACUACUGCCCGGGUCAGACGCCCAGGUCUUGCGAUCAUUUCUUGUUGACCAGACAACAGCGGCCGUGCACCCUGUCCGAGAGUUUUCUGUCCACGUCCCGGUCGCUAACCGUUCAACUUAACAUACAGCACGCCACGGCUCUAAAACCGGUGUCGUUCAAAGCUCUGUACGAAUUCGUCGACUUGCACCAGGACGGCAACGCUUGGCCCGAAGGCAAAAAUAAAUGCUCCAGAAUUUUCUACCGGCCCAAGCACAGUCCUUCGAGCGUAAUGGCCAUCCGUUCGCCGAAGAACGUCUUUCUCUACGGCCGAGGCGGCAACAAAAACCUUAGCUGUGUAUUUAGGUUGGAAGGACAACCCGGCGACGUGGCCCAAGUGACUAUAUUGAAAAUGAAUUCCGGGGACCGAGGCUGUCACAGUAGAGUAAACAAUGACAGAGGGACAUUACAAUGCGUGGGAGACACUAGCUCGUCGCUGAGCCUUUUGGACGAAAUCAACGGUCCCAAGACAAUGUUAGUGCCCCGGCAUUGUUUGUGCUCCACUAACGCGUCCCUGUUGCCAUUCACUGUCGUCACUCUGGGCCCGAAGGCUUCGAUCAAAUGGCAAGUGUUCAACAUGAACUCCACCGAGGACUUCCGGCUGCAUUAUUUCGAAGCCACGGUGCAGUUUAUUCGUAAGGAAGUGGUACCGAAACGCUGCGAAGUCAAGAGCAACCUACUGUCCGGACCCGGGGGCCAUUUCACAUUCCAUUCUUAUUACAACACUUCGUGCGAAUCUCAUUUCGUCAUACUCACCCUACAACAGUACACGAAUAGUUAUCUGUACGCAAAAUUGCCCGGUCUGGUGAUGCCGGACUCUUCGCACGCGGUAGCCAAAAAUUCUGAGCACGUACAUUGUCCCACAAAGAAUCGAUUCAUAGUGCACGCCGGCAACGUGAUGCACACUGUAGUGUGUCCGGACCCUUACUACACGGUGGAGGUCUUCUCCGACGGAUGGCACACCAAAAACGUCAUGACUAACACUUCCCGAGACAUCGUCAUCGAAUUUAUACCUAUGGAUCCGGGAUCGUACAUCGUGUCUUGGAUACAACUUUCAUCCAGGAUUAGGAGUGACGGUCCGUACUGCCUGAGUCAGUGUCCAGAGCUGAACGCUUGCAUCAACGAAUCGCUGUGGUGCGACGGCAUCGAGCACUGUCCGUCGGGCUACGACGAAUCGUUCAGCUACUGCAUGCACCUGCUCUACACACAUCUGGUGUACACCAUCGGUCUGACCGUGGCCGUGGCCAUCGUGGCCUUGUCGGCGGCAUUGACCAUACUGUGGUUUCGCCGGUGCAAGAGUGACGGUACGGCGGCGGCGGCGGUUACAAGGGCGAUGGUGAAAAACUCCGACACGGAAGCCAUGGUCGCCCCUUGUGACGUGAUUUACUGACAUACGCCUAACGACGUAGUGCACUACGUCGAAUACGACCGGGUGACCACAGUCUGAAGUUGUGGAUGUGUGCGUUUUGGUUUGUGCGCAGUACCAUUCUCUGGUGAGACGGAGCAUAGUAAAAACCGAUAACGACCGGAUUGGUCAACACUCGAGUUGCCUUUUCUUUAUUGCCAAAAGGAAGACGUUUGACUGUCACGUUUUACUACUUAAUAUUAUAAUGGCAAUAAACUGGACGGCGAUAGGUUUUUUUUUGUCGUUCUAUUCGAUAAUAAAACCACCUUCAACGAUCAUAUAAUAAUACUAUAGAAUAGCUUGUAGAUAAAGUUGAACAGAUAAGUAUUGAAAAUUUCAAAAAUUAAAUCCUACAGUCAUUAUUCUAAAAACGUAUUGUCAAAUGUGGAAGUAUCGUUUCAAUAUAAUAUUAUGCCCUUAUUCAAAUUUACACGUUCAAAUAAAUUUUCAUCCGUUAAUAGCAAUAAUAAUCAACACCUCUGAGUUUAGUACACCCAACAGUACUGAUAAAUAUAUUGUGUACUGACAAAUUUGAAUUAUAACUAAAAUUUACUAAUUAGAAAAAUGCAUUAAUGAUUUAAAACGUAUAAUAAAUAUUUAAAAAAACACUGCCCAUCUCUAAUGAUAACACUAUCCAUGUAAGCUGUGCUUGAUAAAAUAAAAAAAGGUUAUAAAUUUUAUUAAAUUAUCAAAGCUAUCAUUCUUGAACACACUGUACACGUGUUUUGAGUGUUUUAAGAUUAUUGUAAAAAAAUAGUAAGUUAUUUUGAGUCAAGGGAGACUCAAGGAGGGAACUCUUUAAUUACCUACAUUGCUGUAGAAAGUACCUAAAUAAAAAAAAUGAAAGGCUUCUUGAUUUAUUUUUGUUUCUAUAAUACUGUUCCAUUGACAAAAUUCAAAAUUAUUGUUAUAAUAUAGACCCCGACUGUUACACUAAUUAAGUGCCUAACGAUUUGAAGAGUUUAUAAUAAUUUAAAUUAUAAUAACAGUAAACAGGGGCCAUUUAAGGAAAUCCCAAUAAUUACACUCACAAGUACAGAUAGAAAAUAAUGAUUUAAUAUACUAUUUUUUGGGGGUUUUAAAACAAACAUUAUUACCACAAGUAUUACUUUCUGUUGAAAUCAAUAUCAAUAGAUUAUUAUAAAAAAACAGCAUUUGAGUACAAAAAAAAUGUUGCUUAUAAUAUUUAUAUAAUUAUUCUUUCCAAAUGUCUCCGUUUUGGUUAUUUAGUUUAUAUUAAAUUGUGACUGGCAAUAUAUUGAAAAUCUUACAUCACACGUUUUUUAGAAUCUAAUUAGUCGGAUAUGAUAAUUAAUAAAACGUUUAAAAUAUUUUCUCACGACGGACGUUAAAUGUUUUAUUUAUUUGGACGUAUUAACAUUUAAGAAGGUAGUUUAAAAAUGAAACAAGUCUUCACAGAGCAAUAUGAAUGGCAAUAAAGCCGUCGGUUUUAUACAUUUAUAGCUAUUCCUAGUUAAAAAAAUAUUAUUCCUGUGAUUAGUACUAUAAGUAUUACAGUACUUAAUAAAGUAUGAGUAUUUAGACUGCAAAAUUUAGUGUUGGGGCAUUAUUUGAAUAAAUUCUUUGUUAUUGAUUGAAAAUAUUAUAAUACUAAUUACUCGAAAUGGCGAUUUAUUCAAAUGUGCCACAAAUAAUAUAACUAGUCUGAUUUGAAAUGCAUUUUAUUUUCAAUAUUAAUACACAGUUAUUCCAUUUGUUUUAGUGGUAAUUUAUUUUUUGCCCAACUCUUAGUGUAAAAACAUAAAAUAUAUAUCCAAUACCUAUUACAUUAAUUCUUGAUUAAUUUACUGUAUUUGGAAAUUUAAAAUAAUUAUCCUUGUUCAUUAAUAGCUAUUAUUAUUAAUAUUAUUGUUAUAUAAUAUUAGCAUUUAGCAAUAUAAUAAUCGGGUACGACUGAUCCAGCAAUCCUAAUUAGUUGUGAUUCAGGGUAAACAAAUGAGAAUAAAAAAAAAAAAUUACAAUCUAUUAAAUGUAUAAAAUUGAAAUAUUAUACUGUACUAAAUAAUAUAAUUGUUUUUUUUUAAAUUAAAAUUACUUUAUUGAAAAAUUACGUAAAAGUUCAAAAUAUUUAAAACUUAUUUAAUGAUAUUGUAUUGACUUAUAUAGCUGUAUUGUAUAAUUAAUAUGUACGUUGUUAUUACUUAUUUUGUUUACUAUAUUAUAUUAUAAUGUUUAAUCCCGAGUGCUUCCAAGUACAGUAUUAUUAAUAUUGUUAUGUAUAUUUACUUAACUAAGUAUCCAUAUUAUUAUUAUGGAUGUGUUUCAAAACAUAUACCAAUUCGAGUUAGAUAGAUACAUCUAUAUAUUACAGUAUUUUAUCUACCUAUAUAGUGAUAUCACAAACAACCCGAGGACUAAUAAUUAUUAUUAAUUGUUUUAUAUUUUUUAGAAAUACUUAAUUAUUGUUGUGAUU